CACCAUCAGUCCUUACAGCUUUCUCGCGCCUGUCCUUAUAACGUCUGACAUUUCCUUCACUUCCCUUGUAAAUAUUGUGGCUCAUCACGCGCCACAGCAUGGUCAUAAUGGCACACGCUUUGAGCAUCAUUGUUGCUGGAGCCUCGAUAGCAGCGGUCGCGACAGAUCCCGCGUACUGCAAGAACAGUCUCCUUGCGCUCGUCCGGGCUACGGGAUAUGGCGCACCAGGAGGAUUAUGGCGGAUCGCUGCGAUCCUUUUGGCGCUUGCGAACCUCAAAAACCUUCCGUUCGUUUGGCACAUACGCAUCUUCCGCGCCAUGAUCUACCACAUCUACUUCCAACCAACGCCCAUCCCUCCCCACGCGCUCUUCCAACCCGUCAUAACAUCGACCCACACCUCACUCCUCGAGACAGACUACAACCUGCACAAAUCCAACAGCACCUACUUCUCCGACAUGGACAUAUCGCGCACGCACCUCUUCACAGCGAUAAUCCGUAACGGGAUCAAAAAGAACUCGCGUCUCUACGGCGCGAAAAAGUCCCAGCUAAAUGGCGCAAUCGGCGCAACAGAGGGCACCCGGGGGGGCCACAUCAUAGCUUUGGGGGGCAUAUGCUGUAAUUUUAAGAAAGAGAUAUUACCGUAUAAGAAAUACGAGAUGUGGACACGAUUGCUGUGUUGGGAUAGGAAGUGGUUCUACCUGAUUACGCAUCUGGUGAAACCUGGUGUUGGCAAGCCGGAGAGCUGGACGCUGCAGCCGUGGAGGAAGACGAGGAGACCGGGUAAGGAUGUUAGUGAGGAGGAACUGCUUAAGAGUGUGUAUGCGACGGGGAUCGCAAAGUAUGUCAUUAAGAGGGGGAGGAUUACGGUGCCGCCGGAGCAGGCACUGAUUGAUGCGGAUAUGAUACCCGUCAAGCCUGAUGGUUGGGUCUGGCGGGGUGGUGAAGCGAACGGCGAAGCGAAUGGCGAAGCGAAUGGCGAAGCGAAUGGGCAUGCAAACGGCGUACUUCCGAAGCCAGUAGAAGGAACCGGGUGGAACUGGGACAUAAUCGAGGCUGAGAGGCUGAGAGGGCUGAAGAUUGCAGGGAAGUUUGCUGAGAUGGAUGACAUGCACAGCUUCUUCGAUGGUGGCAAGAAUGGUGCCCUAGGCGAGUAUCCGGAUCUGUUGUUUUAGAGGAUGGUGAUACCCUUUAGAUCAUGUUGUAGAUGCUGAAGAACACUUAGAUGGACAUCACAGUCGUCAAAAUAAUGAGUGUGUGAGUGCGAGAGGCAUCCGCUGCAUUGAAGAAAGGCUUUUCUUAGCAUGCAAGCAAUAACAAUAGAGUACACCGAGCGUUGCUCAUGUUAUGAUGAAAGAGUGUAUUGUAUGAGUGAGGAACAGGAG